CUUGCAGCCGGCUACUGUUUGCCUAAACCUCCCGGCGCGCCCCCGCGAACCCCCCUCCCACCCGGCGCGCGACCCCGCCGCUUCGAAUGUUGUGAAUCAAAUGUGGGGUUUGUUACAUUCCGCUGCCGCGGCGGACAGUUCUUAAAGGGCCAGCCUCCGGCAGCCGCGCAAACCAGCUGCGUCCGGCGCGUCCCUCGGCUUCCCUAGGGCCUGGGCCAAGAGAGACUGACCGCGCGUGGGCUUCGCGAGGCGUACGCCGUCGGGCGGACAACAAAGAGAGAGGGCCCCGGAAGGAGUCGGGCUGCCCCCGGACUGGGGGGGUGGGGAGGGGAGCACAUUGUUCCGCAGGGCGGGGACUCUUAAAGGGUCCAGGCAGCCCCCCCGCCCCCCUGCCCGGCUUAGCCUUUCCUAGAUUGCGAACAAAGGAGUCAACGUGUGGCCGGGCGGCCGAAGGGUUGUGAGCCCUGGCCUAGCCCCUCCAACCCAGUGUUCCCCUGAUGCGACCAUGGGCUCUGGCAGUGACUAGGUGGCCACCCUCCAUCCCUGUGGGUCAGCGGCGAUUCUCUGCAGGACCUAACAGUACUCCAGGCCAGCUCUGGGGAAGCCCCAGCCACGAGGGUCCCCUGGCCAGCCCACCUGCCCAGGAUGAGCGCUUACCCUCCCAGCAGCCGCUGCCCCGACCACCACACCUCCCCUUAGAGGAGCACCGAGCCUCGGCUCCUGCCGGCGGGAGCCCCCGAAUGCUACACCCAGCCACCCAGCAGAGCCCGUUCAUGGUUGAUCUCCACGAGCAGGUGCACCAGGGACCUGUCCCUCUGUCCUACACAGUCACCACAGUGACCACCCAAGGCUUCCCCUUGCCUACAGGCCAACACAUCCCUGGCUGCAGUGCCCAGCAGCUCCCAGCAUGCUCCGUGAUGUUCAGCGGGCAGCACUACCCCCUCUGCUGCCUCCCGCCCCCACAGCUGAUCCAGGCAUGCACCAUGCAGCAGCUCCCUAUGCCCUAUCAGACCUACCCCCACCUCAUCUCCAGUGACCACUACAUCCUGCACCCCCCACCGCCAGCCCCUCCACCCCAGCCUGCCCACAUGGCGCCUCUUGGGCAGUUUGUAUCACUGCAGACCCAGCACCCCCGAAUGCCCCUGCAGCGGCUCGAUAAUGAUGUGGACCUGCGGGGAGAACAGCACCCUCUGGGUGGCUUCACUUAUUCCACCUCUGCCCCUGGCCCAGCUUUGUCCCCCUCAGUACCCCUACACUACCUGCCCCAUGAUCCACUGCACCAGGAGCUAUCUUUUGGUAUGUCGUACUCCCACAUGGUGCCACGAAGAAUGAGCACCCAGAGAUACCGCCUGCAACAGCCACUGCCCCCGCCGCCACCACCGCCACCACCACCGCCACCUUAUUACCCGAGCUUCCUGCCCUACUUCCUCUCGAUGCUGCCAAUGUCACCAACAGCGAUGGGGCCCACCAUCAGCCUGGAUCUGGAUGUGGAUGAUGUGGAAAUGGAGAACUAUGAGGCCCUUCUGAACCUGGCUGAGCGGCUGGGAGAUGCCAAGCCCAGAGGCCUCACCAAAGCAGACAUAGAGCAGCUCCCAUCUUACCGCUUUAACCCCGACAGCCAUCAGUCAGAGCAGACACUGUGUGUGGUCUGCUUCAGUGACUUUGAGGCGCGGCAGCUACUCCGAGUCCUCCCCUGCAACCAUGAGUUCCACACCAAGUGUGUUGACAAGUGGUUGAAGGCCAACCGGACAUGUCCCAUUUGCCGAGCCGAUGCCUCCGAGGUGCCCAGGGAGGCUGAGUGAAGCCCCACAGCUGCCCACGAGAACCCUGCCCGAAGCUCUGGAAACUCGGGGGGACCCAGGGAGGAUGGGGAGGGAAUGGCCCAGACCUGCCCCUUGGUUCCCACCUGCAUCUCCAGAGCUGGUCCCAGGGUCCUCCUUGUGAGAAGCCCCUGCAAUAAGCCCCUGCAUUUGCCGAGCUCCAAAGAUUACUUCCCCGAUCUGCCUGCCUGUCUGCCCGCCACAGAGCUGCCUAGGUAUCCCCAGCUCAGUGUCCCUCCUGUUCACCCUUGGGUCCUCCUUUUUCUUGCUGGCACUGAGAGCCAGGGGUAUACUCCCCUCUCAUGGCUGGUAGAGAUCCUUGGCCCCAGUACGGGCAAAGGACUCACCAUCCUGGGCCAUCUUGUCUCUUGCACUGAAAGAGUGUGCUCUCUGCCCAGGGGGCACUGCCAGGUGUGUGGACAGAUGGUGGCAUGAGACUAUUUUCUAGGACCUGGAACUGAGUCCCCCUGAUUGACCCAGGCAGCCAGCUCUGUGUAAUUUGCUGUGCAGGGUGUGUCUGUCUCAAGGACCCUCACCCAGGCACAGUAAUACUCUAGCCCCAUCUCCAGGCUGGAGGACAUCCCAGCCAGGCCUCUUGAGCAAAUAGGAGAAAGGCCCAGACUGGGACACAUAUAUCCUGAGGGGACCUGGGCCACACUGGGCAGGGUCCCUGUGCUCCUGGUGGCUGCCCCUCCACCAGUGAUGGGGUCAGAUACAUGCCCAAUAUUCUCCCCUCUGUUGUUUUGCAUGAAUGUGAGGAGCAGCAGUUUUUGUUUAUUCAUUUGGCCCAAAAAUGCGUGUAGGAUUGGGGGGUGUGGAUAUUUAAGACAAUUUUUUUUCUUUUGGUUUAAUGGUGGGGGGUGGGGUACAGGGACCAACCAGGACCUAAUGCCCAGGGGGCAGAGAAGGGUUGGGUGGUGCCGCCCGGCCUGCAUGCAUGUGUGCGGCUGGGGCUGGGCUGGGCGGCUGGCAGUCAUGGGACAGGGUUGGGGGGUCUGUGCUCAGCUGAUAACUGCCAUGCACUGUACUGCACACGUCCCUAGAGCCUACUGGGACCGUACGCUUUUCAGGGCAUUUCUCCCUCUCCAGCCAGGGCCCAUCUCCCACCUGCCUGGGUGAGUCUCCUCCAAGGAAUCCCAGGAGGAUGGGGACCAGGGAGGGUGUGGACCUCCAUCUCCAGGGGACCCCUCCCAGCCUGAUCCCUGCCCUCCAAGGUCUGGAGGAGGCCCCUGUAGGGUCUGGCUGUGCUCCCCACCUUCCUUCUCUGAUCCUGUUCCUUUCCUCUCCUACCCUCAGCUGGGGUUGCUGCCCUGAACGAACUGCGUGUGGGGCCGGCACAUCCUAGCAGGCAGCCCUUGGCGCCUGCUGCCUCAGGGAUGCUCCAACCACCCUCGUUCUCCCCGCAGCUGCCCUGGCUCCCUGCCUCCCACCCGCCCCAGCCUGCCUGGUCCCACCCCCAUGGAGAACCCAAAGUCUUACUGUAUAUAACUCCAGGUGACGUUUCUAUAUUUAUAGCAGUGUUGAAAACCCACGUGUUUUACACAAAGAACCACCCUUUCCAAAACCCCCCUCCCUUCCCCACCCCAACAAAAGGUUUUCCAAACCCUGACCAUUCCUGGGGCAGGCGGAAACAGGCUCGCGGAUUGUGUGUUGGCUGCAGCAGUGAUUCCAACAGCAGCUACUGGGGGGGAACAACAUUAUUUUUAAUCAUCAUAAAAAAAAGAUUUAUGAAACAAUUAUUUAGGAUGUUUGUGAUUUGCCGACCUUGCUAUAGAUGCCAUGUUACCAAUGAUUUCCUGUGGUGGGGGCUUGUCAUUGUUUACUCUUAUUUACCAACUUCUGGCCUAGGCAUGACAGUGGGCACCUUCCCCCAGCCCUGGCUGGGCCCAGCGCCUGUGUUCUGUGUUAGAAAGGUUUUAUAUAUAUAUAAUAACAUAUAUAUAUAUAUAUAAAUAUAUGUAAUUUCGGGGGCCCUGUUCCUUGCACAUUUUACAGUUACCUCAUUUUUCCCAUGUAUGUAUUUGAGAAAAUGCUAAUAUAUAGAGAAAAAAUGGUUCUUAAAGCUUAAAUGUGUGGUUUUUUCCAUUCCAUUGGAUUCACAUUGGUUUGUAGCAUUUAACAUAACUAGUAUGUUGUAUUAUAUAUAUGUGUAUACUGAUUGAAAUUUUUAACAGAUUUGUACUUUUUUUAAAAUGAAAGUUGCUAGUUCUGCUUGACCAAGUAGUGCAAUCAUUAUUUUUUUUAAUAUUGUUGCUGAUUUCAGAGGGAUAUUCACUAAUAAAUGUAUGAUGUAUACCAAGUAUUGAC